AUGGCAACGGAAGCGCCGGAAAAACAGCUUUCGGCACUACAAGCUCGUCGCCUUAAAGACAAAGAAUCUUGGGAUGCGUACUGGAAACUUCGUGAAGUUGAUUCUCGUGGAACAAUCUGGCCACGUGCCAAAUAUUAUGCCCAAAGAGCUUUCGAUUGGCCAGCAACCGCAUUCAAAGAGAACGUUUUAGAUCCGCUGCACGACAGAUAUCGACCAGUUUAUUAUCAACGCAAAUUCACUCGCGUUCCGGAUAUUGACCAAUGUGGUGUUAGUGAUAACGUAUGUUGGUUUAACUUUGAUUUUUUUGUUUAGGCUUGUUUGUCAAUGUUUUUAUACGGAAAAAGGGUAAGAAGAUAGAAAAAAUUUAAAUGAGGUUUUUGGUUUUGUGGUGUAAUUCUUUCACAACUUUUGUACCUAAAAUUAAAAAAUUCAUUAUUCAAAGGCAAAAAAACGUAGUUAUUAUAUUUCCAAAUUUAGUCAUGUAUCUACGAAGCGAAUGAACAAUAUCGUUUGGAUAAAACUGUUGAUACCUACAUCUUGGAGUUGUUGCUUGAACGUAUGGAGCGAUGCUUUUUUGAGAACGAACCAUACUUGCAACCCUGUUCAAAAGCUUUUGAAGAUUAUGAAGAAGCGGAGUUGAACUGGUUCAUCAAAUACGGAGAGUUGGGAAUAGCUGCUGGAGCUCAAGACGUGUACAUGAAACAGAAGCAUCGCAUGAUUUGGGAACGCCAACAUCCCGAAAUAAUGGCGGAGCGCGAGGAGAAACUGAAGAAACACAAGGCUGAAUUGGCUGCCGGUAACUUUGACUACUCUUUCUGGAAGGGCGGUAUAUUCUACAUGGACAAGAAGAACAUGGAACCGCCUUACGAGCUUCAGAUUUCUAAGGGAUCUAUGGAAGCCGACAAGCCGUUGUCUAAGGAUUGGGAGUAUUACAAGAAGGUUUCUCAAGAUCCGGAGUUCGACAAGAGACAAGGAAAGCAUUCGGACGUGCCGCUUUUCCCAAAGAUCUAA